AUGACUUGGACCUGCUUGUUUAGUCGGUUAAGAACCCACACGUUAUCAUCCUUCACUCGACGAUGGCGUUCCACUUUAGUGAGCGACGAGAGAAACGAGAUAGCAUUCUUAGACCUCGAGACGACGGUUCCGACCAAAGCAGGCCAGCCAGUUGCCAUUAUUGAGUUCGGGGAUAUCUUAGUUUGCCCUAAGACGCUAUCGGAGCGCUACAGUUACUCCACGUUGGUUCGACCCACUGAUCCUUCUCUCAUAUCCACGCUCUCCAAACGGCGAAGCGGCAUCACGCGCGAAGGAGUCUUGUCCGCACCCACAUUCGCUGAAAUCUCCCACCUUGUCUAUGACAAUCUCAACGGUGAGAGCUUUUAUCUCUUAUCUCUUUCUGGACAUAACAUAAAGCGAUUUGAUAUUCCAAGACUUAGAGAGGCAUAUGCAGAGAUCAGCCAACCUCCACCAGAGCCGAAAGCUAUUAUCGAUACGCUUCCAUUGCUGACUCACAAGUUUGGGAAGAGAGCUGGCGACAUGAAGAUGGCAUCACUUGCUAGAUACUUCGGUCUAGGAAAUCAAACGCACAGGAGCUUAGAUGAUGCUCGGAUGACACUUGAAGUUCUUAAGUUAUGUGCAACCGUCUCCUUGCUGAGAUCCAUUGUUCCUGACAUUCUUGCAGAAACCAUCAGGCUUUCCCCAAGUGACACAUCUUGUUGUGAACCAUCAGAUUCAUCUGACGUAACCACUUUGAUAAGUAAAACACACAUUGAAACAGAUAAAGCAAAAAAUGGCAGACAGCAGCAGGAUGAGUCAACUCCUUCACCUGAUCCAGAUGCUAAAGAUGAAGCUUUAUUGAAAUUAAAGCUUUAUUGA